CACUGGUGCGCGUAAUUCCUGCACAUUUCUGCUAUACUUCAGUCCCUCUUGCUAUAACUAUAACUGUCAUAUAGCACAUUCCCUAGUUCCUUAUACUACAAUGGCAAAGUCAGGUAGGAGUAAUUCCCAAAAGAAGUUGCGAACGCAGCGUCGUGAACAGCUGCAGAAGCAAACGACUUGGCUUGCGACGGCAGAGGAGAAACGGCAGGCGGCGCUAGCCGCUUGCUUAGCAGCUCCUGCUCCUGAACGACCAGCGUCUGAGGCGACGGAAACAGACACUGCCAUGGAGACCGCGGACAAGCCGGUCAUACGGGUCAAGAAGCUCAAGAAGACCCUCAAGGGCGCAGUAAUGAAGAAGGGCGGCAAGAAGAAGGUUACCGUCCUUGCGGGGAAGAACCAAUUUUACAAGAAGGGCAAGAAGGGAACCCGGUGAUAGUCGCCUGGCGUCAGGAUUCUGGGCUGCCCGACGGCGUGGGUACCGGAGGAGACAACGUGUACGGCCUCACUUAGGGUUUAGCUGGGCGCAGUUUGCUUGUCGCGGUUGGCUGCUGGCUGGCGCAUGGGCUGGCGCAUGGUAACGCUUGGGAGAAGCAUAGAAAGACGCUGCAACCUCACAGACGUGCUGGCACUGGCAGUAGCUUCAGGUUGCUCGUCCGCUUGCUGGCUGCGUUCUUGGCCAUUGGCGCGACGGUGGACACGUGUUAGAGGUGUUAGGUAGCGACGGUGGACACGUGUUAGAGGUGUUAGGUAGUUGGGGCAUUGUGCCCCUAUCCCUUAGCAAGGGGAUUGUAUAGUAGCUGAUGUGCAUGACAUGUUUUGGGUAUGGUUGUUGAUGUUACGAUACGGAGGUGGACAGGCUGGGAACGGCAGGGGAACCAAAUUGUGAUCCUUGUGAUUGGAUGGUUUUUGGAGAACUGAGGGAGCUGCUGUGGGUAGACUCGUAAUGUAGAACUAGUGACGCCAUGUGGAGGCAAUGAACAUCCUUCUGCGACACCGUAGGUUUCGUUACACCUGUUACCUUUAUAGGUAUGCCUAAUGGACGUGAUAGUACUCAUCCCCCUUACGCUGGGGCACGUACGCUGGGGCACGUACGUCAGGUCACGUACGGAAAGAAACCCAGCGUUGUUACGCCCGGGACACAAGCUUUGCCUCAAUUGAAGGCUUGUAACACUUAUGCUGUCACA